CCCUGCAUUCUACACAGAAACUCCCAGACAUGAAGCAGAACAAGUCUUCUGCUUGUGCAAUCCUCGUAGGAAUAUUUCACUUCCAAAUCAUCUUCAUCCUGUGCCAUAACUCGACCAAACUCUUGGCUUUUGAUUCCGAAAUGGACAGAGAGUCACUCCUGGCACUGAAGUCCUCAGUUCACGAUCCACGGAAUGCUAUAUCAGGUUGGAACCGAAGCGUCUCUCACUGCACUUGGGCCGGUGUCUCUUGCUCAGGCUCCGGGUCGAGAGUGAGAUCUCUCAACCUCCCAAGCCUUGGGCUUUCUGGCACCAUACCGUCCUCUCUCUCCAACCUCACCUCCUUGGAGAAUUUAAACCUCUUUAACAACUCGUUCUAUGGUGAAAUCCCAUUAAACUUGGGAAACCUUUCAUCGCUGCGGACCAUCAUCCUCGCAGGAAACUCCGUCAACGGCACAAUCCCCGGCAGCCUCUCGUUGUGUCUUAACCUUGAGCAGAUCAGCUUCGAAGAUAACCAGCUCUCGGGCAGCCUCCCCCCUGAGCUAGGCAACCUUCGCAGUCUGAAGAUUCUCAGCAUUUCGUUGAAUAAUCUCACUGGGGAAAUUCCAAGAACAUACGGUAACCUCUCUGCACUUACUACUAUAGGCCUUGCAAGAAACCAAAUAUCGGGGGAAAUGUGGGAUGAGCUGAGGGGUCUCCAUAACCUCGUCAUAGUUCUGCUCUCGGAGAACCAAUUGACAGGUGAAUUGCCCUUGUGGCUUUUCAACAUUUCCUCACUGGAAUACAUAUCCUUAACGGAAAACUACCUCGUAGGGAAGCUUCCUGGUGAGUCAGAGAGUUGUAAUAUCACCAAAUUGAGAGAACUAUAUAUGGCCGAGAAUAGGAUCGGUGGAAAAAUUCCAAGCUAUCUCUUUAACAGCUCAAGGAUUCAAUUCCUAGACCUGUCCUCUAACCAAUUCGAAGGGAGCAUCCCAAUCCCUCACAAUAUGAAGGACCUUAUCAACCUUCAUCUCGGGUACAAUAACCUGUCUUCAACAACAGAAAUCAAUGCUCAGCUGUUUAAUUCUCUUAGAAAUUCGACCAAGAUAGAGAUUCUGUUCCUGAACUCCAACUUUCUGUCAGGUAAGCUCCCGAGAUCCAUCAGGAACCUUUCUCUCCAUCUCCGAGAGCUUUGCCUCGACAAUAAUUUCCUCGUAGGUAGAUUUCCUGACGGACUUGAGAGAUACAAGAAUCUAACUGCUCUAUCGAUUUUUAAGAACUCAUUCUCAGGCAACUUUCCUAUCUCGGUAGGAAAAGCCCUGAAGUUUCGAAGAGUCCAAGCGCAUCAGAACAUAUUUUCAGGAGAAAUCCCAGACAUUUUCGGGAACCUCUCUCAACUGCACAUGCUCACCCUGGGAACAAACCAGUUCUCGGGCAGGAUCCCAACGAGCAUUUCAGGUUGUAAGCAGAUGAACACUCUAGGCCUCGCCUCGAACAAGCUUAGUGGCAGCAUUCCAAGGGAAAUCUUCAGCCUUUCCAUCUUGAGAACCCUGAGAUUGGGAAGUAACAAACUCACCACUCCAAUCCCCUUCGAAGUUGGCCGUUUGAGACAGCUAGAGACCCUGGACAUGAGUGGCAACUAUCUGUCCGGAAGUAUUCCUAGUUCUAUAGGUGAGUGCUUGAAUUUACAUAGUCUUGACCUUGCGAGGAACAACUUGAGCAGUCAGAUACCAGGCACGGUCGGUCACUUACUAGGACUAGAGAGCUUGGAUCUGUCACAUAACAACCUUUCUGGCACAAUUCCGGCAGAUUUGGAGAAACUUAGGACAUUGAAGACAUUGAACUUGUCUUUUAAUAGACUAGAAGGGCCGGUACCUCGGAAUGGUGCAUUUGCCCACAUAACCUGGGGAUCUCUCCGGGGAAAUGGCAAUCUUUGUGGAAGUGACCAGGAAGUUUCACGAACUCUAGGGAUUUCCAUGUGUGUAGUUACAAGGAAGUUGGCUAAGAAGCAUCAAUUGCUUGCGAUCUUGAUUCCAGUUACGAUUUCGGCCCUGUUGUUACUGUGUGCUAUCCUUGGGCUGAUUUGGAUGCGCAUCAAAAGGAGUGGCAGAAGAGAGGGAUAUCCACCUCCCUUAGUCAAGAGCUCGCUGAUGAGGAUCUCAUAUGAGGAAAUCCGUAAAGCCACUGAUAAUUUUGCCCCAGAAAACUUCAUAGGCAAGGGUGGGUUUGGAUCCGUUUAUAGAGGUACUUUUGCUGGUGAGGUCUCUGCAGAUAUAUCCGCAACAGCAAGGACCUACGACCCGGAAUUGCCAGGAAGUGGGGCAUGCACCGUCACGUCUGCGGUCAAGGUUAUUGAUUCGAACCAGAGCAAGGCCUCGAAGAGCUUCAGUGCUGAGUGUGAGGCCCUCAAAUAUGUGAGGCACAGGAACCUAGUAAAGAUUGUAACUUCGUGCUCCAGUGUGGACCACACGGGAGCCGAAUUCAAGGCCCUAGUGAUGGAGUUCAUGUGCAAUGGGAACUUGGAAAAAUGGCUUUAUCCAGAUGAGGAUGUAUGUGAUGCGAUGAAAUUGGGACUGAUGCAAAGGGUUAACAUCGCCAUAGAUGUAGCCUCUGCAAUGGAUUAUCUCCACAGUGACUGCAAACCACCGAUUGUUCACUGUGAUCUGAAGCCUGGGAAUGUUCUGUUGGAUGAUCAUUUGACUGCCCGGGUAGGGGAUUUCGGGCUUGCCAGGAUUCUAAUGAGUCGGGAUCAGCAGGAAUUGAUUGAGAGCAGCACUGUCGGGCUGAAGGGCUCUAUUGGAUAUAUUGCACCGGAAUAUGGAAUGGGAGGGAGAGCUUCGACAAAUGGAGAUGUUUACAGUUUCGGGAUCCUCCUCCUCGAGCUCUUCAUUGCCAGAAAGCCCACGGACGUGAUGUUCCAGGAAGGCCUGAACCUGAACAAGUUCGCAUCCGCGGUAGAUGAGAAUAACUGCCAAGUUCUCGAUGUCGUCGACCCAAGGCUAUUUUCGAACUAUGGUAUGUGCUCAACAGAGACCGGCAACAGUUCUAGUUUCUUCAGCGGCCAAGAGAACAAUGACAGUAUCAGUGUCAGUAGUAGCAAUGCGGAUCAAGUCAACGAUGCUUCGAGUAGCUGGUCGAAGCGAUGCGGGGAGUGUGUGGCCGAGCUGAUAAGGUUAGGUCUGUCCUGUGCGAGACAAUCACCCAGGGAUCGCCCAGCCAUGAGAGAGGUCUUGACUAGGUUACACAAGUUGAAGGGGCUACUUUUGGGGUCGAUUGACCCUUCUUGUAGCGACAAUGUACGCAGUUCUGCUUCGGUUUGAUUCAAUAUUUACUCGUAUGUACUGUUCACGCUAAA